CGCCUUCUCUUUGCUGCGUCUUGUGUGCAAAAGACAUCAAAAGCAGAUGCAAUUCUCUGUCCCGUCUCAGUUGAGCUUGCGAGGCUUUAGAGUUCGGCGUGCUGUCUAUAAGUUAUAAUUCGUUUGGGUUAAAUCUGCCUACUUGCUCAACGGUCUGCUCUAAAAAGAAAAUGUAAAAUGAUUGUAUUUCGCGUCCUCGUGUCGUUCUUCUUCAUUUCAAUCAACUUCAUCGGAAGCUGGACAGUCUUCUUCACAGGUGCCAGCUGUUUGCAAAUUAUGGAGUUUGCUGUGCCGGAAGCCGUCAAAAUGGGCGAAGACCAUCAAUUAAUUUGCCAAUAUCAAUUGAGUAGUGCCGAAACUCUUUAUUUUCUUCGCUGGUAUAAGGACGGCAAUGAAUUCUUUCGUUAUAUGCCCAAAGAGACUCCAGCGCACCGCAUUUAUAAUGUCUCCGGCGUUAGAAUCAAGACACAAUCGUCGAGUUCUACGAACGUGCUGCUAACGAACGUGGACGCCGCAACGAGUGGUCUCUACCGCUGCGAAGUUUCCGCCGAAGCACCAGGAUUCGAGACCGCUGAUCGAGAAGCACAGUUUCAUGUCAUAGAGGGUCCUAAAGGAUAUCCGUUCGUAACGGUGUCGAAAGGCGUAGUCGACGAGAGCACCGUCAACGAAACCAUAAUUGCCAAUUGCAGUGGAAUGGAAGCGACGCCAGCUCCGCAACUCUCCUGGUCUUUGGCAUCUAUUCCAAUUCCCACAGAGAAAGAGUUUGUCACGCAUUCGGUUCAGAAUGGCAUCAUAGAUUCGUUAAGGUUGAAACGAACCAGUUCCACGCUACGUUUGCCAAUGUACUGGAUCGCAAGUUUCAUUGAAAAAUUGGAAAGAACGAGGAGGCUGAGCGAUUUCAUCCAGGGUCACUUCAUCGUCUUACCGCUUCGUUGUACCUCACACAUCCUCGGCUUGUUCGAAGAGUCGGAUACAUCUGAUAUUAGGGUCCUGAGGCAUCUGUCAUCUACCACGUCUCCGGCUGUACCUGGAAAUCGCGUUGCUGUCAAAUUAGCUAAACCAUCUCCAAAUUCCUCAGCCGCCGGUGCCAAUACCCGACACGGAGCUUUUACAAAUGGUUCCUCAUCCAUCGCCAGAAUCCUCGAUCUUACUUUGAUGGGAAUCGUUCUGACCUCAUCAACGUGGUUUGCUCAUCAUUGUUGACAGUCGAAUGUCAAACCGAAAAAAGAUUCUGCAUUGAACACCGGAAUUAGACAGAAUUAAUCACCGACGUUUGCUGAACUGCGCCAAAAAUUCUAGCACAUAGCCAAUUCAUAAAAAAAAUAUAACCUGCCAUCAGUUGACGAAUAUGACGAUGACCUCCCUUCAUUAGACUUAUUAUUUAUUUGUCAGACUGUUGUUCUCGUUUACGGUUUAUUCUUCUUCUAAUGUUGAUAUGUAAUUGCUUUGAGAAAAAAAAAAAUUAUAAUAAUAAUUUAAGCAUAAAAAACAUCCAAGGAACGACGUUUCAAUGUUAUUUCUUUCACAUAUUUUUUUCGAAGUAUUCCCGGUUAUUGUAACAUAAGCUAAAUCAUGUAAUCACGUGCAGAUUGGAACUGGAAUAAACGAUCACAAAAUCUUUCA